CUCACCUUGAAAGAGUGGUCACACUGCAGCGACUGCUCUCUCUCUCUCUCUCCCAACCGUGAGUGUAUAGCACGUAUAGUCUAAUAUAUACACAGACAACGAUUGCCGACGAUCGACGACUUUUCUCUCUUGUGUUUUUUUCGUGCGUGUUUAUUCGUGUGCAGUGCGUUGGUGUUACAUCCUAUCCGAUACGUCGCCUGUUGAAAACUUGUUUCAACAUCCGCUUCCAUCAUGGCAGUUUGUUGUUACUAACUGCGACUGAAAAGUGAACUAAGAAAACUGUGUGUCGGCUGUUGAUUUCUUGGUGCCUAUAGACGACUGGUGUGUAGAUUAGCAUAGAAUUAAGAUCACAGUCACAGUCACAGUCAAGAAAUGAUGAACUUUUACGAGAAUCUCUGUUUCCGGUGCGACCAAACGGUGUACCAGGUGGACCGCGUCGGCCCACUGAAGGACUUUACAUUUUUCCAUCAGGGCUGUUUCAAGUGUUCGGCAUGCGGCACCAAGUUGACGCUCAAAACCUACUACAACAACCAGGAUUCCAACGACGACAAGGAGGUCUAUUGCGUCAGCCAUGUGCCCAAGAUCGGGCCCGGCCAUCUGGACGGCUCGGCCGUGGGCAUCCGCUCUGCCCUCAACGUGCCCAAGUCGUUCAACUACGUCAACGAACAGAUCCGCGGCGGAGGCAAAGGCACUUUCGACGCCGAGGCGUUGGCCAUCAAGCCUCACCUCAACAACGGCCGCCAGCACAGCGGCGAGAACGGCAAUUUCUCCGACCAUCAGUACGGACGAUUCGACGCCAGCGCCCUUCACAUUGCCCACGCUCUGCGGGCCACCGAGCUCCAGCGCAGUUACAGACGGCCCAUUGAAAAGCCCCUCGACUCUUAUCUGGACAAAGACACUCAAGUUCGAUUGGAGAUGAAACACCGCAAAGAAGAGGACGACUUGUACCGCAAAUUCGCCCGGCAACGCGAAGAACAGGAAUUUAAAUUCAAGGAAGAAUUUCGGGAAGAGUGGGAGAAGGAGCUGGAGAAGUUGACGUCACGGUUCGAGCGGGAGCUGGCCAACAAACGGAAAAAGCCCGACGAGCAAAAAGUGCUGACUCUGAGACUGCAAAAGGAGCGCGAGGAUCUCGAGAAGAACCUGACCGUCCGCCGUGACAAGAAAAAGGAAUCGCUCACCCGAAAACUCCUGGAACAUGAACGGGCGGCGACGGCAGCGCUGGUCGAAAAGCAAAGCAAAGAGAUGAUGAAUCUAAUCAACGAGAAGCGCUCCGAGUUUAUGCGCGCCGAGAGCCUCUACAUCGACGACGACUACCAGACGGAAGAACUCUUUCCUUACCCGAGCAAUCCGCCAGCACCCCAGCCGCCGGGCGUCGCCAAGACCGACAUCUAUCACAACCCUCUUGUCUUCGCAGACAUCGACCAGAUCGCCAUCUCGGUUGCGCAAGAAGAUCAAAAAACAUUCACGGACCUCGUCCGGAUGUUGAUCGGACGGUGCGGAUCAGACGUCGAGAAAGCCAGAACGAUUUUCCGGUGGAUCACGGUGAAGAAUUUGAACACGAUGCAAUUUGACGACACGGUUCGCACCGACACACCCAUGGGUCUGCUGAGAGGCAUCAAACACGGCACGGAAAGUUACCACGUCCUGUUCAAGCGCAUUUGCAGCUACGCCGGUUUGCAUUGCGUUGUCAUCAAGGGCUAUUCCAAAUCGGCCGGCUACCAGCCAGGCGUACGCUUCGAGGACAACCGCUUCCGCAAUUCGUGGAACGCCGUCUAUGUGGCCGGAGCGUGGCGUUUCGUCCAGUGCAACUGGGGCGCCCGCCAUCUGGUCAAUGCUAAAGAAGUACCCAAACCUGGGAGCAAGAGCAAAUCCGACAGUCUUCGUUACGAGUACGACGACCAUUAUUUCUUGACGGAUCCCAAGGAAUUCAUCUACGAGUUUUUCCCUCUUCAGUCCGAAUGGCAACUGCUUAAAACCACCAUCACGCUCAAAGAAUUCGAAGACCUUCCAUUUGUGCGUUCACUCUUCUUCCGCUACGGACUUUACUUCCCAGACGAAAAUACCAAGGCCGUUAUGGUCACAGAUUCCACCGGAGCGGUAACCAUCCGAAUCGGCAUGCCAUCCAACAUGCAAGCCAGUCUCAUUUUCCAUUACAACCUCAAAUUCUACGACAAUGAUACCGAUACGUUUGAGACUAUUAGCUUGAAGCGCUUCGUCAUGCAGUCUGUUGUGGGAAAUGUGGUCGCGUUCCGAGUCCACGCCCCGUGCAGUGGUGCCUUCCUGCUGGACAUAUUCGCCAAUGCGGUGACACCGCGCGAGUACCUGACGGGCGAGCCCAUGAAAUUCAAGAGCGUUUGCAAGUUCAAAAUUGUUUGCGAGGACCUUCAGACGGUCAUGGUGCCCUUGCCGGACUGCGCCAGCGGUGAGUGGGGGCCGAUGAAGGCGACGCGUCUCUUCGGCCUGGUGCCCAUCACCCAUCAGGAUGCCUUGAUCUUUGCCGGCCGUGAGUUGGAAUGCCAAUUCCGCAUGUCCCGACCGCUGACCGACUUUAUGGCGACUCUCCACAAAAACGGAUCGGAAGAGAAGCGGCUGGCCAAAUACGCCACGCACUACGUGACGGGCGAUCUGGUCACAUUCAAAAUCAGUUUCCCCGAGGAGGGCCAAUACGGCAUGGACAUUUACACGCGCGAAGUCAAUUCGAUGGGAAACAGCAGCGGCAACAACGCCGAGCAGAGCAACGAGAAGCACCUGUUGACUCAUUGCUGUAAAUAUCUGAUCAACUCUUCGAAGCGCAACCAGGUUUAAAGUGUCAGAUUGAACACUGGAGCGACUGAACCAGCAGCUGGCUAUUAUUUUUUAAAAAAGCUUCACCAUCUCGCCUUCUUCUCCAUGCCUAGUUUUUUUAAACGGUGCUAAAAUAAUUAACCAGGGAUCGCACGAUACAAAGUCGUCACCCUCAAACAUACACCGAAGCAACACAUAUGUUACAUAGGUUUGGGUUAGAUGCUAAAAUACUGAUUCCUUCGUCCCGACCAUUUUCUAUGUUUUUGCUAUACGAUUUUUAAAAAGAAGAGAGAACAAGAUAGGAUGAAGCCAUGCGGAAUAAGAGGGCGACGGCCUUAUAAUAAUACCUUUUUUUAUCAUCCAAAUUGCUUCAGAAUGAUACAUUACUUUCAUGUUGAUAUUUUUCCUUCUUUUGCUGGGCAGUGGGCAGCUUCAAAUCAAUUAGGAUCCGAGGACAAGUGUGCCUAUUUUUGUAUAUUCAUUAUAAUCAAGACGCAAUGGCCUUCACUAUCAUUGUUAAUUCUUUUUUACCAGAGAAUUCAGACCUGUUUUUUUUUCUCUCUCUCUCUCUCUGUCUGCCCAGUAAGAAAACAGCGGGCGUUUCUUUAUACUUAACAUUCCUUGUUGCGAAAAACAAAAAGAUUAAAAAAAAAAAUCCAAAAAAUUGACACAAGAAAAACAAGAAAAAAAGUGUGGUUUUACAGUGAUUCACUUCUAUUGUUGAAGGCAUAUUUAGAAACUAAAACGAUUUUAACAACCUAUACAGUAUACAUUUGAUAGAAAUCGACAUUUUUUAAAAAAGAUAUGAUUCUGAAACUGCGUGUAACCGAUUGGCAAAUAUGGCAGCUAGUCAGCUGCCAAUGACUAAAGCCCUAAUAUAAUGGAAACAAAAAGGUGCUUGUAAUACACUAGAAAACCCAA